UAUCUUUUAUUAUUAUCUGCGCUUUGUCUUAGUUGUUGUUCUUUAUGUGCAUCCAUUGCUGCAGCUUAUCGUUUGUUGUCGUUGUUGUUGCCACCCGCUAAAUUGGCCGUUAAGAUGCUAAAGAUGCGGAUUUUGGUGAUUUAGCAAGUUGGUCGCCAGCAUUUCCAUUGUUGCCAUUGCCAUAGUUUUUGCUCGUUAACGGGGUUUUCCGGCCCCAGAAACUUGCGGCGGAAAUCGCACUAAUUUCGCCACCUGACGCCAAACGGCUAGCGACAAAAACCACGAGGCUUGAGUCUGAGGCAUAAGGGCUCCCUACCACGCUCUCCGGCGUGUAGGUUUGGAUUGAGUGCAAUGCGAUUUUAUAUAAAUCAAAGCUGCAUAGUACAUAUGACAGCUUCUUUAUGCUGCCCCUGCCCCUACCCCGUUCAAUUGCAACUGGUUUAGAUAGCUGACGUGGCUUUUUGAAUUUGAAAUUUUGAAAGGGUCACACUGUCUUGUCAGUCUUUCCAACAUUCCCAACAUCCAAAAUGAGUUAUUUCAAUUAAUUAAAUUUUUGUUCUUUAAUUUUUAAUUUGCCUGGCAAUACUGGAGCUUUUUUUGGGAGCUGAGGUCUGCAUCUUGCUCAGGUCUCAUUACAAUUUUCUUCCUAGUCGGUUGAAGACCUCCCGCAAAUAAAAAAUGGACUCAGGUGAUAAUCCAGAUGAUCGACAACAACAAAAACAACCAGAGCAGCAGGCUCCAUCGGCCAAGCGUCGACGUCUGCGCCCGACGUUGGCUCAGCAAAACGCCGAGCUAAAAGAGAAAAUGGAGCAGCUGACAGUGGAGUGCAAUGCGCUGAAAACCGAGCUUGACAAUGUGAAGAUGGAGCUGUCGAAAACCAAUUUGGAGAAGACGUUGUUGGCGACCUCAUUCGAGAAGGUGGAGGGCUAUUUCCGCACCCUGCUCGGUGGUGCGCCGUUCGCCAGCUUGAAGACACAGUUGGAUCUUCUGCUUGAGCAAGGUCAGCAGAUUCACUCUCGCUUGGCGGUGAAGAAUGAGCCGCCACAACUGAAGACGAUCGCAACUUUAGCCGUGUUGCAGAACCAAUUGAACAAGAAGGACAAGGUCCGAGAGGAGCUGCGCAUCCAGUUGCAGGAAACGGUCGCCACUAUUGAGGCUCUUACUCGAGCAUUCAGCCACGACCUGGCGCAGGAGUCGCAAAAGCGCGUCGAUUUGGAGCUAACCCUCGACAGGAUGCUGCGCACCAUGGAGAACGUUAUGUCCUGCUCGGUAUGCCUGCUGCAGUGGACCGAUGCUGGGGAACAUCGGCUCGUCUCAUUGCCAUGCGGCCACAUCUACGGCGAGAACUGCAUACUGAGAUCCCUCGAGCAUUACCGGCACUGUCCACAAUGUCGCACACCGUGCUCCAGCUCCGAUGUGUGUCGCCUUUUCAUCAAUCUAUCGGAUUAACUAUGUGCAUACUCAGACAUGCACACAAUGAGACAUGCAAGCAUAAAGUUACACACACACGCACACAUGUACAUACACCUAUUCAUUCACACAUACAGACAUACGCACACA